AUGGGUAGCCAACUUGGGAUGUCUUAUCCUUACGGGGUUUCUCCUAAUCAACCACCUGUCAUACUUUCGAAUGAAUCUAGAAGGGCGACUAUUGAUCCAUCUAUCAGCGACAAAGAAUCUCUAACGCCAUCAUCUGUUCCAGCAACUCAGGUGCCACCACACUCAUCACAAGAAGAGCGUGAAGUUGAGCUGGAGGAAAAUGAAUUGAAAAGAAGAUUUUGGUCUCCCGAUGAAGAUGUAAAGGAUCAAGCUUUUUGGAAACGUAUUGUUGAUUACUACAACAAACAUCGCCCCACUGGAUCUAUGACGAGAAGUUAUCAGUGUCUGAAAUCACAUUAUUACAGGUUUGCACCGAUGGGUUCUCAAAACUACGAGAAAUAUACUCCACAAUCAGUUGCUCAUUACUCUAACAAGAAGGCAAGGACAUCCGAGUCAGGAGGAAACACUUCAACAUCAAAUCCAGAUACAAGUGUUGAUUUAGAUGACUCUGAAGUCCGCAUUCGUCCGAUAGGACAAAAGGCAGCGAAGAGGAAAGGCAAAUCUAAAGUCAAAGAGGGCGACACAAUGGAACAUAACAUCGACAAAGAAUGGCAAGAUAUUAAAGAAUAUCAAAUGCAAAAAAUGGCUCUGCGGGAAGCCGAGAUCUUUCAUAAGGAUUAUGAAAUUCUUAUGAAAGAUAUCAGUGAGAUGACACCAGGACAACUUUAUUUACAUGAGAAAAUGGUGGAAAAAAUUAAACAGAGACAUGACCUGGUGUAG